CCGUACCUCAUCCACCAGUCAUCUUUCAAAGCUAAAAGCCCUCCUACUUAGCUUCACACACAGAUCUCAUGCUUCAUUUCAUUUAAUACUUUGUUCUAAAAGAAAUACAAAACAAAGUAAAAUAAUAAAGUAUGAUUGAAACCGCCACCGGCGUUCGAUUCUCCGCCGCCGCCUUACCCCAUUAUCGUCAGUGGAACUUGGAGGAAGUCAAUGGAGUCUCUCGCAGCUCCUCCUUGCCUUGGAGUAAAGCUCGAAGGUUAUACGGAAGUUCUUUAGUGAGAAGAGGUAGUCUAUUAAAGAGUAGAAUUCGAGCAUGUUCCGAGAAAUUAGGUUCGUCUUCAGAUUCUUCAAAGCAGAAUGUUGGUAAAUCGCAAUAUCAUCCGUUCGAGGAGAUGGCGGAAAAAAUAUCACUAAAUGAUAGUGGAGACACAGUUCUCACACCUCAAGAAACUGCUAGAACCGUUGUUGAGGUCAACAGCAAAGCGACACUAGCGUUGACUGGUUUAAUUAAUGAUGCCAUUCAUGAAAAUAUUAUCUGGCCAGACUUGCCUUAUGUUACUGAUGAACAUGGAAACAUAUACUUUCAAGUGAAGAAUGAUGAAGACAUUUUGCAAACUCUUACUUCAGAAAAUAAUUUUGUGCAAGCCAUUAUAGGCUUUGAUACUCUGGAAAUGAUGAAUGAGAUGGAUUUGCUAGGUCCAUCAGAUAUUGAUUUUGGAAUUGAAGAGAUUGAUGAUUUAGAUAGCGAUAUUGAAGAUGAUGAGGAUGAAGACGAGGAUGAGGAUGGAGAUGAUGAAGACUAUGAUGAUGAUGAUUUGGUAGCUAUUCUUGACGAUGAAGAUGAAGACUCUGAUGAGGCACUUGGUGAUUGGGCAAAGUUGGAGACUAUGCGAUCUUCUCAUCCAAUGUAUUUUGCCAAAAAACUUGCCCAGGUUACUUCAGAUGAUCCUAUAGACUGGAUGGAGCAGCCUCCAGCAGGUUUAACCAUUCAGGGUGUCAUAAGACCCGCCCUAAUUGAAGAACAUUCUGGCAUCCAGAAGCAUAUAUCUGGCAAUCCAUCAUGCCAUGCUGAUAUAAAUGAGACAGGGACAAAUGUGGAUGGCAAACUGGAGAAUGAUGGUGGGAUCAAUGGUCACAAAAAUGAGUCAGGGAUUCCUGAAGAUAUUUCUAAAUGUGCUGAAGAGUCGGGGAAUGAUAAGGCACCUACAAAUGGGACUUCAUUCUACAAACUGGAGAUGAUUAAAAUUCAGCUGAUUUCUCCCGAUGGACAUCAGACUGUAGUUGAAGAAGAGGACUAUAGAAAGGCUCAACCUGAUGCUAUCGCACAUUCAGCGAGAAAAAUUAUGUCCCGUCUGAAAGCCGGGGGAGAGAAAAUCACAGAGACUUUGAAGUCCUUGUGUUGGAUGUAUAAGGGUCUCCAAGUGGAGGAGGCAGCAGUGAUCGGCGUAGAUUCCCUCGGCUUUGAUCUGAGGGUUUGUUCUGGAACCCGAGUUGAGACAUUGCGGUUUUCAUUUAAUUCACGGGCCACAUCAGAAUAUGGUGCUGAGAGACAACUCAAUGAUAUAUUAUUCCCAAGGAUACCACGAAGAGCGCCCGAAAAGAAGCCAACUCAUCAAAAUGAACACUAAUUUUGUUUGAGUACCGCAUUUCACUUUAAAUAAUGAUUGUUUGUUGUAACCUACAAAUGCGGCAAGUGUGAAAAAACACUUGCAGCAUAUAUUUGUUAGAUGCUAUUGAUAAUCAUUUGCAUCAAUUCUUUCCCAUUUUUUCAA